UCAAGCUUGGAGUGGGGAACAACAACAGCAGCAUGGCAAAACUCACUCACCUGUGUGUGCUGCUUUUGUGGGCAGGCCAAAAACCAGCCCUGACAGCUACCCCAGAGGGACUGCUGGUGAGACAGCAACCCCCCUCUCUCAGUGUGAUGCGGGGUGAAACGGCAACCCUCUCCUGUCAUUUCAAAGUUGAAUCCCUGAAGUAUGGGGUUCAGUGGUUCAAAAUGAAGUCGGAAAAGCAGCUCAUCCCAAAGUCAUCCAGGCAGUUCGUUGUGGAGAAGAAUCAAACGUCCUCCCUGGUGAUCGCUGAGGUAACACUGGAGGAUUCUGGGUGGUAUUACUGCGAGGUCAACGUCCUAAAGAAAGACCCAGAGUUGGGCAACGGGACCGAGCUGGUUGUGUUAGCACCACCGUCUGCGCCCCAGAUUUACCUCCAGAUUCCCCCGGACCCUCAGACUGGUCAGUGGGCUCUCUUCUGUCUCACUGGGGGCUUCCACCCAAGCGAGCUCACCCUCACCUGGACCUACCAGAGUGCAGGAGCCAUUAUCGAUCACCUACCACUCACCAACUGCACUCUCCCUGCGCCCCACCCUCAUGCUGAGCUGUCUGAACACCUGACUGAUGGAGCCGUGCUGUCUUCAGACCGCUUGGGGAACCCAAAGUGUUUCCAGGUGACGGACAACCACAGCCGGGAAGCGUAUCUCUUCAGCGUGUUCCUCCUCCCACAGAAGGAGUCCUUGGAAACAGGGAUCACCUUCACAUGUAGCGUGCAGGACCACCCUGCAAGGACCGCGGCUUUGACCACCUCUUUCACUUGGGAUGCCUCCCCCAAUGAGCUGAUUGGACACUUGAACAUUUUCAAGAUGUGUUUCCUCUCUGCUGUGACCGCCAUCUUUUUAUUGGAAGCAGUCAAACAUUGCAGAGUGCAGGCAAAAUGAUGUCCACUAUGUGAGUACAGUAUAAGGUAGAGACCUUUGGCAAACACCAUCAUGUGCACACACACACACA